CCUGGAUGUCAUGGAGGCGGUCUUGGCGGAAGAACUUGAUGAGGAGGAGCAGCUAGUGAGAAGGCAUCGCAAAGAGAAGAAGGAGCUGCAAGCCAGAAUUCAGGGUCUGAAGAAUGCUGUUCCCAAGAAUGACAAACAGAGGAGGAAACAACUCACUGAAGAUGUUGCUAAGUUGGAAGCAGAAAUGGAACAGAGACAUAAAGAAGAAUUGGAGCAACUGAGGCUGACUUCUAAGGGAAGUAAAAUAGAUUCUGUUGCUGUUAACAUUUCAAACGUGGUUCUUGAGAAUCAGCCACCUCGGAUAUCAAAAGCACAAAAGAGACGGGACAAAAAAGCUGCAUUGGAAAAGGAGCGGGAAGAAAGGAUAGCUGAAGCUGAAACUGAGAACUUAUCUGGAGCCAGACACUUAGAAAGUGAAAAGCUUGCUCAGAUAUUGGCAGCAAGACAGUUGGAAAUUAAACAGAUCCCAUCUGAUGGCCACUGUAUGUAUAGAGCCAUUGAAGAUCAACUCAAAGAACAGAAAUGCCCUUUGACUAUGGCUGCCUUAAGAAGUCAAACUGCCGAAUAUAUAAAAGGCCACGUGGAGGACUUUCUGCCAUUUUUAACAAACCCUAAUAUGGGAGAGAUGUAUACUCAAGAAGAGUUUAGGAAGUACUGUGAUGAUAUCAUUAACACAGCUGCAUGGGGAGGUCAGCUUGAGCGAAGAGCCUUGUCUCACAUUUUACAAACACCGAUAGAGAUAAUACAGGCAGAUUCUCCUCCUAUUGUAGUUGGUGAAGAAUAUAAAAAAAAAAACCCAUUAAUACUUGUAUAUAUGAGACAUGCAUACGGCUUAGGAGAACAUUACAAUUCUGUUACACAGUUGGUGAACACAGCUACUGAAAAUUGCAGCUAGUUUGCAAAAUGUUACACAAUUAUGUUUUAGUACAAUGUGCCGAUCUGAGUAUUCUUACAAGUGCUGGAUUGUUCUAACAUUACUGAAAAACACAACUACCUUAAAUCAGUUUUAUGGCAAAGCUACUAACAGAUUUAAAAAAAUAAA